GCGGUCGCGAACGCGCAUGGCCGUGGCGCGGGGCUGCGCGGAGCGCGGCGGGGACGUGCCCCGGUGCGGCGGCCGCGGGGUGCUCGGUGCGCGCCGGCGCCGCUCGUCCUCCUCGGCCCGGCCCCCGAACCUCGCCGUCCCUCCGCGCUGAUCCUCUUUCUCUCUCUCUUUUUUUAAAGUGUGACUGAAACAAAACAAAGCCAAAGGGACGCUGGAUCUAUCAUUGGUUGAUUUUCCUCCUCCUUUUUUUUUUAUGACCAAAAACAACCCCCCACCCGAGCAAACAAACACACACAAAAGCAGAAAGAAAGGGUCUUGCUCAGCAGCAGCAUGGAUGUCUUGGCUAGUUAUAGUAUAUUCCAGGAACUCCAGCUUGUCCACGACACCGGCUACUUCUCAGCUUUGCCAUCCUUGGAGGAAAACUGGCAGCAGACAUGCCUGGAGUUAGAGCGAUAUCUUCAGACCGAGCCACGGAAGAUCUCUGAGACCUUUGGUGAGGAUUUGGACUGUUUCCUUCAUGCCUCCUCAGCCCCAGAUGCAGAGGACAACAUACGGCGGCUGGAGCCCAUCCUUUUGCCAGUGGAGACGAGCACGUGUGACAAAAGCGCCAGCAUGGACAUCAUCCUCUCCCGUGACAAGCUGCUGUCUGAGACGUGCCUCAGCUCGCAGCCCACCAGCUCUUCCACAGAAGGCUACACGGCCGUCAACCAGGCCCAGCUCAAUGCAGUGACCUCAUUAACCCCCCCUUCCUCUCCGGAGCUCAGCCGCCACCUCGUCAAAACCCCACAGACUCUCUCAGCGGUGGAUGGCACAGUGACGUUGAAACUGGUGGCCAAGAAAACUUCACUCAGCUCUGUGAAAGUGGGGGUAGCAACAGCGACUGCGGGGACAAUAAAAAGUGGGCAAAGUGACAGUGAGCAAGGAGGUGCAGGGACAGAAGCAUCCCCAGAAAACAAGAAGAGGGUUCAUCGCUGUCAAUUUAAUGGGUGCCGGAAAGUUUACACAAAGAGCUCCCACUUAAAGGCUCACCAGAGGACUCAUACAGGUGUUUUUCCAGGUCGGAUCACCUCGCCCUCCACAUGAAGAGACACAUCUAAAUAUCAGCCAGCUUGGCAUGGAUGUCAUCUGGGCUAAGUGUUGUGAGAUGAAAGUGGAACUCAAGUUACAACGUGCUACCUUACAGGAGAAGAGACCUUGAUCCCAUGUAACCCUCUGUACAGGGACCACAUGCUCACAGUGUCAUGCUCCAGUUACACUUCAGUACCUUCAUUGGUUCUUUUAUGCCUUGCCCCAGCUGGAUGGGAGAAGAUGCAGGCGAGGAAAUGGUGUAGAGGUGAAGUCAGUGAAAAAGAACAAUUACUUACAGUACUUCAUCCCUCUUGGAUUUGUUUCCUGUUUUUGCCAGUGGAAAUCAAAGAAAGCAGAGGAGGCUUCCCUGCAGGUGGACGGCAGUAAGAGGGGCUUAUCUAACUUGCUUCUCAGUGCAACUCAGUAGAAGAAUAUGUCGUCUUGAAGUUGCAUAUUUGUAGCACUAACUUUCUUUUUAAAUAGAUGGGGGGAAAACAAUGACCUAGAAAACCAAAUCCCAGUUUGGUAGCCAAAAUUAACCUCUUGGUUUUUUUGUUCUUUCUCUGAGAAUUCCUAAUUUUCAGUGCAUCAGACUUCUCACAGACACUUUGACCUGUCUUGGUUUCGGUUCUUCUUCCCAGAACUGAGCUUUUGAGAUUCUUUUAAGUCAAUACCAGUGGCCUUAAUGGCAGUAGACUGUGGAGUGACACUUGUGACACAAACAUCCUCUUUUUGGCCUGAGUUUAUGUAGACUUCAUGGAGGAUUAUAUUUUUGUUGGUUGUUUUUAUUUUUUUUUUUUUUUUGGCAAUUGCACAACAUAUGCACUAGGGACUCUGGAAGCUGCUGCCAUGAUGGCUAAGUAGCCAAGGGAUAAACCCCUGAGAUACAGCACCUAAUAUCUCUGUAAGCCUCACCUUAUUGCCAUAGCUAGGACUUCUUGUUUAUUUUUUGAACAAAAAACUUUAAAGCUUGUUUGGAAGCUUAAACCUUUUUUCUCUUUUCUCCACAAACAAGUGAUCUUCAGAACUCCUUGUCUUCACCUGGAUAUCAGUCUGGGACUGGCCACACAGGCAUGACUACAGGAUUCCUUCCACAUUAUGUGAGCAGAUUAGCCACAACCCACGAUGAUUUAGUGGUGAAUUAUGUUGCUUUUUCUUGCAGUUCUUCUAUUAACCAAUUUAAAACAUUAGCCUUUUGUUUCUGUAAAGAGCACCUGCAGACGUUUUAAUUUAAAUCUGUUUGUUGAGCCUCUUACACACAAAAAACAACCCCCAAGCCAAAAAUCCUACUCCAGUCUCUGAGCAGGAAAUCAAGAACCUCUUCCAAGUACAAUGGCUUCAUUCAGCGUUAGCCUGUUAAAGAAAAUAUCAAAGUCCUGCUUUUCUGUUCAUCAAGUUGAUGCUGUAGCCCACUCCUAUAUGAAAAAAUGUAACCAUGUGAGCGGUGAAGGAAGGGAUUGGAUUUUACAUACAGCAGUGAGGCAUUUCCAAAUGAUUGGUCCAAAGUAUUACUAACCUAGAGGUCCAUGUUGGCCUACGGUGUGAAUCAUCAAGGAGAAGUGGAGGUCUCAUGCUCACCCUUCCGUCAUAUUGAUAAUUUGAUUUCUUUGGCUCAAAGUGGAUUAAAGUCUUCAUUACAAAAGGAAAAAAAAACCCUAAAAAAAUGUAUUGCCAUAACUUGUAUUUGAACCUAUUUGGCACUGGCCCUGACUCCAAAGACUGCAUUUAGGACCAUGAAAAUGGCCUAUGCAAGCAGGCAGGCGGUCAUUAGGUUGUAUAUUUUGUAUAUUCUCGGACCAUCCCUACAAGAUGUGUCUAGAAAUGAAACAAAAUAGCGCGUGGUCCACAAAUGGUUGCUGCUCUUUUAUAAUGUAUUAGCCAACUGCCCUUCUUUGACUGUUUUGACUCAUUGACUGUUAAAUAUUUCCCUUAAUUUAUGUUUUGGGAGGUAAAAUUGUACUCUAAGGGGAAAAAAGAGCAAACAAGAAACUCAAUAGAUGUUUUUAAGAGCCGUCACCGGGAUCCUUGGCACUUGAAUUCUCAGCAUUUUGCAACCUUUGGUUCCAGUGAGAGAUUGAAUUUAUUCAAAAGAUGCUGGUUUUCCUCACAGUUUUCACAAAACACUGUGACUGUCAACUGAACACUUUGGGGACAGGGGGGAAAUACGAUGUCUGGCCCAUAUGGCAUGAAAUAUGGACCAAAAUCUAACCAUCUUUUAGGGGCAAUGAUGUAAUAUUCAUGAUAAGAGCAUGAGAGAGAGUGAAAGAAAGUCAGACAGAAAGAGAGAGAAUAAAAAAUUGAAUUUAUUCCAAAGAUUUAGAACUAACUAUACUCUAUAUGUGUAUAUAUAUAUGCUUAUAUAUAUAUAUAUAUAUGUAUACAUUUAAAAAUUGCAGAGCACUGCUUGCUGACAAUCUCGUAUUUCUCUACUUCUGUAUUUGCAUACUUCUUAUGGCCAUUCCACCCAGCUGUUCCACUGGGACUGAGGGCCCUAGAAUCCAAUUUGUGUUGGAACAAAUAGAGCAUCCUGCCAGAUCACAGAAUCACAGAAUGUCCUGAGUUGUAAGGGACCCACAAGGAUCAUCAAGUCCAACUUCUGGCCCUGCGCAGGACAUCCCAAGAAUCCCACCAUGUGCCUGAGAGUGUUGUCCAAAUGCUCCUUGAGCUCUGGCUGGCUUGGGGCUGUGACCACUUACCUGGGGAACCUUUUCUGGUGUCUGACCACCUUCUGGGUGAAGAACUUUUUCCUAAUGUCCAGCCUGAACCUCCCCUGAUACAGCUUCAUCUCAUUCCCUUGGAUCCUGUCACUGGUCACCAGAGAGCAGAGAUUGGUGCUGCCCCUCUGCUGCCCCUCAGGAAGAUGUCUAAUGGGAACUGAAACCUCAGCUGUGUGAAACUGUAGAGCAUCCAGUGAGUGCAUUAGAUAAAAAAAAGUAUAAGAGAAUCCUAGAAUUUCUUUACCAUAGUGUCCUAAAAUUUAUGCUCUCAAAUUCUCUACUAGGAUAUUCAUUGGCUGUGAACCUGCAUAAAUAUCCUCCUUUGCUCUCUGAACACACCUGCCUUUAGGCAUGCUAUCAGUAGUAUCCAAACUUAAUUAUUAAGUGAUGGUUUAAGCACCAGGCUCUAUUUAAAUUAGAAAAAGUCAAGCAAGACUGUUUUUUAGUUCCAGUUGUCAUUUACAGUCUUGUUGUCAUCUUAUUUAAAUAUACCAGAACAAGGGCCCCAAGGGAUAAAAAUGGUGAAAUAUAUCUUUACUUUGUUCAAAAGGCAGGCCUACAUCUAAAUCCUGGAUCCAAAUAGCCUAAAAAACAUAGAAAAAAGGGGUGUAAAAGACAGAUUCCAAAUUUCUCAGGCUUUGUAGCAGGUCUUCAACUCUGAAGCCAAAAUGUGAGCUUUGAAACCACCUCUUAUGUUUGAAAAGGGUGAUAUUUUUCAGCUGUAUAUAUGGUGUACCCAGUCAAUCUCUUGACUUUAGUUUUUGGGUGCUCAUAUGCAAGUGUUGUAGUCAUUAUUAAAAUUCUGAACCAUAACUUUGGUAUUUUAUAGAAGGAGUCUCCAUUUUGGAAAGGCAUAAAGAAUGACACAUUCCAGGACUGGUUUUUUUGCAAUGACAAGUUUUGUUUCUUUGCGGAUAUUUUAAGCUGUACACUUCAAACUUGUGUAGUCUGUCAUAGUUAGUUCCUUUUUGGGCCUGUGUCUCCUUGCUAAAGUUGUACAGUUGUUCUCUCUCUGUAAAUUAUGAGUAGAAUCAGACUAAAGAGGAAAGGCUCUGUGUAAGGCUUCUUGAAAGCAAACCCAUAAAUUUGGUGACAGUUGAGGACAGUUAUCCAGCUGUAGAAAGGAGAAGUUUUACCUUGUUUCCUUCAAUGUGAGAUUUAUGCCUAUUUGCAAAAGAGGAGCCAUUAUAAGAAAAUCAGAUAGUGGUUUCCAAGGUUAUGGAACUAUAGGAUGAAAACAGAUUGACCUAAAAGUCUCCCAAAAUAGUGUACACGGAGGAAGCAACUAAAAUAAAUGUGAGUUUGUGUGAUUAGCUAACUAAUAUUUUGGAUCAGAACAGUCAAUCAUAGUAUCCUGCAUGUGGAAAGGGGCCUCCAGAGGCCAUCUUAGCCAACCUCCAACUUGAGCUGGUUGCUCAUGACUGUAUUCAGCUGAGUUUUAAAUAUCCUCAAGAAUGGAAAUUCUGCAAUCUGUCUGUCCAAGCUGUUCCAAUAUUUAACCACUUUCAUGGUAAAAAAAAAAAUUCCAAAAAUCUGUGUGUCAAGUAGGAAUUUUUCAUGUUCAAACCUGUUUUCAGGCCUCUUCCACUGUGCACCUCCAAGAAGAGUUUGGCUUCUUCUCUACAGUCUUGGUUAGGUAUUUGGAGAUAGCAAUAAAAUCCACACUUACCCUUCUCUUCCUAAGGCUGCAUCAUGUCUCAGCAUCUCUUCAUCCAUCAUGUGUUCCACUGCCUCCAUGGUGAAUCUUUGCUAGGCUUGCUCCCAUAUGUCAAUCAUUUUCAUGACUGAGGAGACCAAGACAGAAUAUUCCAGGCCAAGAUAUGCUUUGUAUGUGACAGUGUUGAUAAAAUAUAUUUAUUCUGGAUUUUUCCAUUAUCUGAGACAACUUAAAGUCAAGAUUCUAUUUUGAAAACUGACCAAUAAAAAUAAUUUAGGAAGCACUCUUAUAAUUAGUUUCCUAAUCAAAUUUGCCAAAUCUGUGCAUAAAAAUAUGCUUAUAAAAAUAGACUUAUGUACCACCAGCUUGAGCCCUGGCUAGCAAGAUUCGGUUUUUCUCAACAUGAUCAUUGAUGGUUCACUUUGAACUAAAAAAUAUAUUGUUUCAUUUGUACUGUAUCAAAUAUGAAGACACAUGAUGCUGUAUUUUGGUCACUUCUUACACUAAAACUGCACUUCAGUGCAUCUUUGUUUGGUUUUCCCCUUAGGAGAUAAAGAGCAACAUAAAAUAUCAGAUAUAUUUUAUAGAGAUUGGUCUAAAAGUGGAUGGCAGAAUCCAGAGUAUUUUUCAUUAUCUCUGAGUUGUUCUUUUUCAGUAGCUAGUACUCAGUCUAGACAAUUACAUUACCUGGCUAAACUAGCAACUGAAGUGAAAUUCUAGAUUCUUUCAGUGUCUUGGACGAGGCAGUCUGAUUUCACUAAACAAAGGGUUAAAUGUUGGAUUUGGUGACCUCCAGAAGUACCUUCCAAUAUUAUUUUUUCUGUAUUUCUAUGAUUUGUUUCACAGCUUUUACUUAUUAAAUGUUUUCUGGUUCUAUUUCUUCAUAGUCUUGUGCUGAUGAAACAGACUGUAGGGCAGAUCUCUAGGUUUUUUCUUGAAUUCUAAGAGUUUCAUCCUUGUUAAACUUUAUAAAGUUUCUUCAUGAGGGAGACCUAGAGAGGAAGAAAUCUUAAAAGAACCCAAAUCCUCAGCAAACCAGUUUGGAGCAAUAUCCUACCUUGAUAUGUGUCACAGCCCGAUAUUAUGGAAACAAGUUUGCUAGACUGGAAGACACAUAUGAUGUCUCAGAAAUGGUUUCCAGGACCUGAAAUCUAAGCCAACAUAUUUCUACAAGGGUGAACAUUUUUUUUUUUUCAUUCAUUCUUAUUUUUCUCACAGGGAAGAAGAAUCUGAAUGCAAGAGGAUCCCUCAGUCCUUGCUUUCAGAAUUGUUUUAACUUCAGGCAUAAAGAAGUUACUAAUCACCAGGGUGUGUAGCUGAAAUGGAGUUGAUCAAUAUGAUUGUUGCAGUGACUGAGUAUAUCUUAGUUGUGACCUUUCUGAUAUCUACAGAAUCAGGCUUUCUCCCUCAUUUUUAUCUGACCCUAGACAGUUUGGGGUUUGUAUCUAAUAUAAAGGUUGCUCCUCUAUUUAACACACUAUUUGUCUGUAUACAAAAGAGGUGGUAAUUGGUACUUUUGGCAAAGCUGAUGAAGUCAAACUUCAUUGUUUCCCUUCCUCUUCUCAUAAUGUAUGUCAAAAUCUUUAGAUUAAAAAAUAAAGAGGAAAAUGUUGUAAAUAAUUUAAUGUUACAAGGCCAGCACUCAGUGGGUCAAGGGCUUUUACUCUUGAUUUCAUUCAGGACUUGGCACAUUCUGUCAUUCCAUCCAGUGAGACUGUUUUUGAGCUUUCAUAUCCUGGGCAAUGCUCUAACCCAGAACUUCUAAACUACUUUUUGCUGAUUUCAUAUAGAAUUGCACUUGUAAAGAUAUUUACAUACCAAGAAAGAAAAACAAUGCUUGACAGUAACUAUUUAACUUUGUCUUGAAAAAACAGAAAUAUUUUUCUCCCAACAUUGACAAGUCUUGCCUGUCUUUCAUUAGCAUUUAAACUACACUUUAAUGAAUGAUCUUUUCCAGAUCAAGCUUGGAUAUUUUUCUUCCUUUUGUCACACUUGAGUCUCUUUUUAUUAAUAGUUUAGGGAUGACUACUGCAGUCUUUCUCUUCCACAGCUCUGCACAGGCUUCAGUGGCAAGAUUUAGCAUUGUGAGGACUGUAGGAUCUGGCCUACCAGGUACUAAGAUCUGUGUUGUAAAGCUGAGAAUUUCCUCCUCCCUUAGAGUCCUCCCUUAGAGGAAGAAGUCUUGAGAAUACUUGUGCUAUAUAAGUUAUAUAUAUAAUGGUAUAGUUGUAUAUAUAAAUUAUAUGCAUAAAAAUGUUGAGAUGGGGAGUAGACUGCCUUUAUCACCUCAAGAAUGAGUUUCCCUACCUGAAAACUUUCAAAUGCAGGCGUCAUUUUAGAAACAGGGUUUUAUAGUUUUCCUUAAUGCUUGUUGAUGGCAUUUUUGGUGUAAUAAUUGAAGUUGGAAUCUGUGAUUUUCAAAAUGAAAGCUUUGAUUACCUUUUAUUUUUAAGUGCUUUGGUCCUAACUUCUGUAUACUGCCAGAAAACAGGUUCUCCACCCUGUCUCUGUGUGGGUGUGGAUGUACAACAGUACACUGUAUAUACCUACACAGAAGAGCAAACUGAGCUACUGACUUACAGUUUGUAGUAGCCAACUGUGCCUAUUGCUUUCAUUUAAGGAGGGCACUUGCUGUUGCCACUGCAUUUUAGGAAUCAUGUCAGCUUCUGUAGGAAAGUUUUCAACAGUGCUGGGAAAUACAUGUUGCUGUGUACUGUGAAUGAGUAGGCUGCAAAUUUGGGGAUUGGGAGGGGAGGUGGGAAGGGAGGGGGAUGAGGGCUUCGCAUGUACACACUAAAGGGAACUAGAAUGGACAGAAACAUGGGAAUUUUAGCCUUUAUUGUUGGGCUCUCGGGGAAAUGAAAAGCUAACAUGCAGUCCCUGGAAGGCCUGAAUGGCUGAAGGGCUGAUCUUUAUGUUUUGCAACAUAUGUUUUACCCAUCACUCUGUAUUUAAAUCCCCAGACCUGUCAGAUUCUGGAAGUAGAUCAAAACACUGGUUUAAACACUACUUUGUUACCAAGGCCGUGUCUCUACCAGGGAAGCUGUCCUACAUUAAAAUCAGUCUAGCUAAAUCACUUUGUAGCUGCACCUGUUAUGUGAUUGCCUGGAUCAAGUUUGCAUUGGCAUCCUAUGCAGUUAAGCUGAAGUGUGAGAAAUGCUUCAACUAAUUAAGAUACCUCUACAGGAAGGUUCUUGCACCAGUUUAAGUACCUGGUUUUGAAAUCACUGCAUAUAAACCAUAAGAGCUUUUCUCUUAGAAACAAGGCCUUAGUUUGGCAUGUCUGCUCAUCUAGUUGAAAAAAUAAUAAUGCAGGCUGAGAUUUUUUUUUUUCUUUUCAAAGUAACCUGUUUUCCCUUUUGUUCUUUGAAACUUUUCUUACUCUCUACCACACAUUAGAUUUUUGUUUGGGGAAAUUUUGUUUAACAACAAAAACAACAAAAUGUAUGAAUGCUCCCUAUUAAAAAAAAAAACAAAAAAAAAAACAAAAACAAAAAAACAAACAACAUUGCUUGAAGGACUUUCAUUUUGCACUAUAAUUUUUCUUUUACCAGAUGUGUCUGACAAGUGCAUUUCGGAGAUGCCCUCGGUCACGUUCUCUCAGGCCUACUCUGGUAUUUCUAAUAUAUCACAGAAGUACCCAAUCUUGUAGCCCUCAGUUCUGCCUUUUUUUGACAUUUUAUUUUUUUUAAGCUUUUUAUAUAUAUAUAUAUAUAUAUAAAUAUAUUACUUUGUCAGUUUUUUUGCUGUACAAAAAGUCUUAAGAUUUAAAAAUAUUAUUUGUAUUAUAUGAUGGUGGUAUGUUAAUGUUACAAAAUUAUUAAUGAAGAAAAAAUUUAUUUUUGUUACUGGUCUGUUUCAUAAUUCUUUUUUAAAUUGGUAUAUUGUAAGAUAUCUAUGCAAAAAUGUUAUGUGACGCAUUUUUAUUUAAGAAUGUAAUAUGUGUAAUAAACUGUAGAAUGUGUUU